GUGGAUGCGGGGCAGACCAGCCAUGGCAGUGGGGGAGUGCGGAGGGAGCCUGCCAGCCGCCGGGGCGGAGGAGGAGGAGGAGCUGGAGUGCGGCAUCUGCUGCAUGCCCUAUGACCGCUGCGGGCGGGCGCCGCGCCGCCUCGGGGGCGCGCACGGCUCUUGGAAGCCCUCGCGCUGCCGCCACGUGAUCUGCAGCGCCUGCGUCUGCCAGCUGGCGCGCGAGGGCUGGUGGGAGGAGGUCACGUGCCCCUACUGCCGUGCCGUCACGUCCCUGCGCGAGCGUGCCCACUUCCUCGUGGCCGGCGUCCGGCGCGGCAGCGGGGCGGGCCGGCGCCGCCUCGUCCUGCCGCCCAUCGACGCCGAGCUGUGGCAGCGCGUCGUGCGCCUCGAGAGGCGGCGGCAGCAGCAGCAGGAGGAGGAGGCCGGCCGCAAGGCUGAGGCCGCCGGCGACGAGGACGACGACGACGGGCCGUGGCGGCCCUGGAGGGCGCUGAAGCGGCUGCUGAAGGGAGGCGGGCGCCAGGCGCAUGCGCGGAGCCGGAGCGGGCGAAGCCGGAGCAGCUCCAUGCCGGCCCGGCGGAGGCCGCCGCCAGUCAAUCCCUACAACUCCGAAAUAAAAGACCUGGCACUCAUGACUUGCUACAUCAUCUGAAAAGCUGGGUUGGCUUGAAUUGACGUAUUUGUAUGACCUGCUACAUCAGAAAAAGCAGAGCAAGUCUGAAUCAACAAGAGCUGAUGAAACCAGCCUUUGGCUUAUACGUGAUGUGUUCGUUCCCGGCAGCGUGUGGAAGAUGAUGGAGGCUGAUGUGCUUUUUUCUCCUUUAGAAGUUCUUGGAAUUUGCGGUUGCUCUUUAACCCACAGAGCCCAAUGCAGACGGGCGACUGCAAAAGAGCACCGUUCUGUAGUAGUCCAUUGCUUCUCAGGCCUUGUGAAAUGCAGCAGGAGGCAAGAGUUACAGCAGGAGGCAGGGGAAAAGACGUGACACUUCAUGCUCAGUUAUAUAGCCUACUGAGUGGAGUGUUUCUCACGAUUCUGACCCCGACACCAAUACCUUUGGUACAACAAACUUCUCUGUUGUUUGUUUGCCUUUAAAAAACAAGGGGAGAGAAUGAGAAAUCACUUUCUGGAAGUGCCUUCCCACCAGUCAUGUCAGAAAUGGAUGAAUAUGGUUAGGAAGCUGAAUAUAUGGUUUGCCGUUCUUUGAAAUCUAUUUUUCUACUUAAAGCAACUGUUUUUGUAAAACCUCUGUUCAUUGUUGUGGGAGGAGUUAGGAUGGAAAUAAUGCUUUCUGCAGUCUUUGUUCAUGUGCGUGUUUAGCCUUCAUUCUUCAGUCUUGGAGGCUAAAUGUAUUUUAUAUUUGGCAUUUUCCUGCCUGUGGAAGAACAAUUACAUUUUGUUGGAUGGCAUCCCCAUGAUGCUUCCUCUCUGGUUCUGUGACAUCCAAUGCCUCCCUGUGACCUGGGAGGCACUCCAGAGUUAAAGGAGUAAGUCUGUAUUGUGAGAGUUAAUUUCUGCCCAGGUAGGAUACUGCCACCAUUCCCGUUUUGCCACAUUCUCCUGGUGGGGCCAGGUGUAUCGUUGAACUAUUAAUCUGAGCCCAGCUUGCAGGCACAAAUGAUUUGUCCAAGGAGGAGCCUCUCUCGGCAACAGUUCUGUUGUUGGACUGGCCCGGUCACUUGGCUGUGGGCACCUAAUACAGUUCUUGGUGAUUAAGGCCUUUAUAUUGCAACUUUUUAUACCAGGUCAAGUUGUAUUUCUCGUUAUUCAGAUAUGUUACUGAAGAAAGAGACUAGUUGAUUUUGCCAAAUGGCAUAUAGGGACUCAAAGAGAAACUUGACCCCAGUGUACAUGCAGCCUUUGGACAAGCAAGCUUGGUUUCUGCCUUACUAAUUCACUUUUCUUUUGCUGUGUUGCUAAGAAGCUGCAAAACAUUCUGUGAGCUCAGAUUUUGGAAAUCCCACUUGUGAUUAAUACUUGCAUCAAGAGAGCAGCCAGAUCCUCUUGGAUGUUUCCUUGCCGAAAAAAUCACAUUUUAAAUGAUGGUUGUUUUUAAUAAGCAUUUCUGUGAAAUGUGUUUGAAGUACUUCAUUUUGUAUUUAUGAUUUGUGCCAAUUCCUUAAUAUUUUGAUAACUGUAACUUAUUUUACAUUAAUAAAACUUAAGAUUUGAAAUGCU